AUGGAGCCCUACGACCCAAGCGCCUCAGCGAACGCUAUGUCGAGUGAUAGCGACGCUGAGGCGGUGGCCUCGCGCUACAUGGAAGAGAUUGCCGCGCGUCUACUACCGCCUGCCGAGCCGGAGCCCGCUCGCUCUGGCGCACCCGCCGAGACCGAGCUGGAUUCGACGACCGCAGCGAGCCUCGAGAAGUUCAUGGCUAGCCUGAAAGAGCACCUGCAGCUCGAUCCUGGCGUUUGGGACAGUGCGUCGCCGUCGCCAUCGGCCUCCUCGACGCCCGCCUCCGCCUCUUCCUCCGUGUCUGUUGCGCCGGCGCGGACGCCGGGGCCGGCGCCCCCGCCACGCGAGCGCGCGCACACUCUGACCGAAGAGGAGCACCGCCAGCGCACUGCCGAGGUCGUGCGUGAGCACAUGCGACAGGAGGCGCUCGGCACGGGCGGCACGGUGCCUGUCAUGACGAAAAUCAAGUGUCUGCACGCGAGCGUCGCCCAAAAGUCGUACGGCUCCGAAAAGCGCUUCCUGUGCCCGCCGCCGCUUGUGCAAGUCACCGGCGCGCUACGGCACGCACCGCAGUCCUCUCUGCUGCUGAUGCAAGUGCAGGGCGAGGACGGCGAUAGCUUCUCCGGUGAGCAGAUCGCGGCGCUCGACGAUGCACAGCAAGCGCGCUUUUCGGAGCUGCACGUCACGGGCACCGGCAAGGCCAAGUGCUUCCGCCUCCAGCUGCAUCUGCUGACGCCGCGCGAGGGCGCUGAGCCGACCAAGCGCCUACGUCUCGGCAGCAGUGACUCGGCCGCUGUGCGGGGCGCUAGCUGGGCCAGCUUUGACUCGGCGCCGAUCGGCAUCAUCUCCAAGCCCUCCAAACGCAUUGCCAAGGCGCGCAACGUGUCCGCGCACAUCACGAAGGACGCGUCGGUCUCCCUGUUCAACCGCAUCAACUCACAGACCUACCGCACGAAGUACCUGUGCGCGCAAGACGGGCGUCUCUCGGCGCAAAGCCGCUCGUGGACCGCGUUUCGCCUCGUGCUCCUCGCACGCCGCGCUGCCAGUGGCCCGCGGGAUGCCGUGGACGAGAGCGUGCUGACGUACGGCUCGGUCGUCGUGCUGGUCGACCCUGUAUCAGGCGCGGCCACGGAUCCGCUCGUCCUAUGCAAGGUGGACCGCGGGCGGAUCUGCCCGCCGGUCGACGGGCCUGCGACGGUCGACGACGAGGACAUGAGCGCGUGGGGCGCCGUGACGCAGAUGCAAAAAGUGGCGCUCAUGCGCUUCGUGCCGAGCAGCGAGGGAUGGACGAUCGAUCCGCAUGCGCCGCGCACGUACCUGUGUGCCGGCCCGCCGCCCCACGAUGCCAGCGCGCUGCGCAUGGGCGAUGCGGCCGAGGAGGCGCAUGUGCUGCCCCUCACUUUUUCGCCUGCGCGGCCUGCCGCCUGGGAGCCGAACCAAGCGCCGCUGGAUGAGGCCGAAGACGCGUUCUGCUGGACGCUCGUGAGCAUCUCGCACUUUGAGUACGCAUUCGUUGACGUCGAUAUGCUGGGAUUACAGAGCCCAUCAGCGUCCAUGGGGCUGGCCCUCACGCCGUUCCCGCUAGUGACUACGAUGCCCUACUACGACGCGCCGACACACAAGCUUGCCAUGACCGUGCAGCACUUUUUCUAUGUGCGCGACUCGGCCGCGCUACAGACGCCGCGCGAGGCGCAGGCGGCGAUGCACGUACCGGGCGCGCCGCUCGCGAGUCUGGAGGUGUGGCUGGGGCCGCUCGGGCCCCUGGCGCUGGCAUCGGCGCCGGGGCCUAGCAGUGACGAGGCGGAGAUCGCUGUGCAGCUACCGCCGCUGCGCGCCUUUCUGGACGCGCGCCUGGACCGCGAUCGGUGGGCGACGCAGUGUACGCUGCCCCUCCUGUUCGUGCGUGCGCAUGACAGCACGAUAUACCACUCCGGGCGGCACAUUCUAUGUCAAGACCUUGUUGCCGUGGUGCGCGCCGCAGGCGAUCCAGGCGCAGCACAGGCGCUCCAGAAACUCAAUGUGGGGCUGGGCGAGCCGGCAGGCGCGCAUGAGCUCCCGCCCGGAAGCGUCUGGACCCUACGUGUAGUGUGA